CUCGACUGGACUGAAUUCAGAAACUACAAAACUAUUCACACCGAUAUAUACAAGUGUAAGAAAAUACUAUUAAAAACUAAAGAAACAGAGUAUUUUGGGAUUCUUUUGAGCUCUUUUUAUUUGCUUUUUACCGACAUUGUUAGUGAUUGUAACAUUGCUGAUUCACUUUGCUGACUGUUUGGAAUCAUAAAAAAAAAGUUAUAAUUUCCAUAACAAGAAAAAGAAAUUGAUGCUCCAAUAUACUAAAUUUUGCUGUACAAAGGUUUAGCAAUCCAAAGGAAUUUUUUCUACCAAGAGCAACAUGCUAGAGACUAGCCCCAUCAUACAGGAAAAUAGCCCUGUUUUCAUCAAAUUACCAUCCGAAAAUAUUCGGUUUGUAACACUUAAGCCAAAUAAUACAAUUAGUCUUGGUAAAUUUGGAUCCUUCUGUACGGACGAUCUAUUUGGAAAGACCUACGAUGAAACAUUCGAGAUCUAUGAGCCUAAAAAAAUACGCGUCUUAAAAACCCGUGAAGUACAAAUCUUGGAAGAGGAGAAAAAAACGAAUAAAGAAUUGAUGGACUGUCGUAGCAAUCAGCUCAUGAGCCAAGAUGAAAUUGAUGAACUUAGAAAACAAAUGAAAGAAGGAGGACUUCGAGGCGAAGAAGCAAUCCGUCAAUUGACGUCUAAAAGUUUAACUUUUGAGCAGAAGACUCAGUAUGCCCAAGCUAAAUACGUUAAUCGUAAGGGAGAAAAAUAUCUUCAGCAGUUUCGAGCAUUGAGACCUUGCCUUGAAACUGUAACCGAAUACAUGCUCGCUCAUGACCAGUAUAAAAUUAUGGAAUUAACAGCUGACUGCUCAACAUACAUGCUGACAUUAGGAAAUGCUCAACCUGGAGGCAGAUAUCUUGUGGUCGAUGAAACGGGUUGCCUCUUUUUGGGAUCCUUACUAGAACGCCUGGGUGGAGACUGUAAAGUGACUCUAGUCCAUCCUAAUGAGCAACCAAAUAGCUCUUGUUUGGAACUUUGGGGAAAAGAAUAUACAGAAGAAAGUCUUGUCGAGAAAGGAAUUUUACGUACUUUGAACUGGCUACAAGUUAUAGGCCCUGAAGAGGCUUUAAAAGAUAUGCAUGUGGAUGAUUGUACUGAGGAAGAGCUAAAUGAAAUGAAACUUCGUCAUAGAAAGAGAUACGAGGGUCGAAAAGCUUCCUAUGCUCGCCUACAGUCUAAUCUUGAGGAUUUUGAAAGAGGAAAUUUUGAUGCAUUGUUUGUUCUGAGCAAUCAUACGCCAAUGUCAGUAUUGAAUUUACUUUUACCCAAGGUUGGAUCCUCUCGUCCUGUUCUUGUUUAUUCACCCUAUCAACAAGUGUUGGUCGAUACCCAUCACGAAUUGUUCAAGUGGUCAAACCCUUUUGGAGUAACAGAAACGAAUAAUGAAAACAAAACUGAGGAAGAAUCUCCUGAAAAGCAAGAGUUGCAGGAAACCCAAAACGCUUGGGUUGAAAAACUUAUUAUGUUGGAUAUCCAUGAAAUCCGUACUCGUCCUUACCAGAUUCUUCCAGAGCGUACUCACCCAUUUAUGAGUAUUCGGGGAGAUAUGGGGUAUAUCCUGUCUGGGAUUAAGGUACUUUCUUCUGUAGGCACUAUGGCCGCCGGCAGGUUUCCCAAGAGACAAAAGCAAGGUGCUGGAAGCAAAAAAAAAGGAAACACAAGAGUGUAGUAUAUUUAAUUUGGUUUACAAAAUUGGGUUCUUUUAGAAAUUGGGUCAUGGAUCAGAGAAGAAUAUGGAUUUAUUGAUAUGCGAGAUGAAUAGAUUUCGUAAGUACUGUAUAACCUAAUAUUAGUCGUGAAAUGAAUAAAUACAGAUAUGGUACUUUUUUCGAUAACUAUGAAAUUUAACCAG